CAUCUGGCAAUCAAAACUGCAGAGUGACUCAGUGAGGAUCAGCUGUCGCUCCCAAACACACGACAACAUGUUUUCCUGGGGAGAGGACUGUCAGCGCGGGUUUUACGUGAAAGACGGCUCCGGUACCGACAGCACGACCACUGAUGAUGGAGUUCAUUAUUUAAACCUCAGCCAUCACAUCGCGGAUCUGUCGGCAGGUCGAAACGUGCUGGCUUUCGUUAAAAGUAACGGAAACGCGUUCAUUAUCCGCACAAACGAGAGCAAGGAUGGGAGAAGAGCGAGAGGCAGGCAGAAGUUUGUGAAACACAAAGAGAAGAUAGAGGCUGUGAGUUGUGGCGAUGAUGUGGUCGCACUGCUGUCUGAGAGCGGCAAAGUCCUCUGUGUGGACACGAGACACCCACCCUUCACUCCCAGCCCACUGGAAGCUUUUUCUAACAAACAGGUUUCUCAGGUUGCUUGUGGGAGUCAGCACUCAGUUGCGCUAACCAAAGAUGGUCAGCUGUAUACGUGGGGUCAGGACUGCAGGGGCCAGCUGGGUCUGGGUACGAGAGAGUCUGUCUGCAGAUCACCUCAACAUGUCCCAUCACUGUCAGCGAUCCCCCUGAUCCAGGUCGCUGCAGGAGGAGACCAGAGUUUCGCCCUCUCUGUCUCUGGAGGUGUUUUCAGCUGGGGGAGAAAUGACUGUGGACAGCUCGGGCUGGGAGACACAAAAGACAGACACACACCAGCUCCUGUUCAGUGUUUGAAUAUGAAGAAAGCUCAGCGCAUUUCCUGUGGACAGGACCACACGGCCAUUCUGACAAAGCAUGGUGCAGUGUUUACAUUUGGCUCCGGUCAACACGGACAGCUCGGCCACAACUCACUACGCAACGAACUGCGUCCUCGACUUGUUGCAGAGCUCUGGGGGGCAAAGGUCACCAAGAUUACAUGUGGACGGAAUCACACUUUAGCGCUGACCGAAUCCAAGCAGGUCUACUCCUUUGGUUGUGAGAAUCAAGGGCAGCUGGGACAUCGAGAGGAGAGUAAUCCAUCUGUGCCGCUGCCUGUUCGACUGCCACAGGGCACCAAUGGGCGCAAAAUCAGAAACAUCUUCGCAGGAGAAAACUGUUCAUUUGCAACAUGUUCAUCUGAUGAGGGCAUUCACGAGGGUUCAAACACAGACUGUGGCAUUGCAUCACAACACUGUCUUGAUAACAUGGUUGACAAAUGGAUCACUGAAUGUGAUUUAAAGUCAUGGAAAAAGAUUAAACAGGAAAUCUUGGAGGCAUUUUCCUCUGCAUCCUGUCUGAAUAAAAGUUUCCUUGAACUAAGCGGUGAUAAACAUUUCCAAACUUCACCAAAGUACCCUGGCUUGAACAUGAAACAUGCACGGCGUGCUUUCACAAAACUGGCAAAGAAGGACAAUGUUCUUGCAGAGAUCGAGGCUGCAGUGCUACACCUGCUUCCUUCCCUCGAUCAGAAACCAGUGGGAGUGGAGGGGUUGAGAAUCUACCUUCUUCUCAAUGAGCUUCUGCACACAGUCCUGAAACACACACGGCAACGGAGAAUAAAGCUCGCUGUGGCGGUAGCCAAUGCAGUAACAAGGUUGUCAAAUGAAAGCCUCCAGAUUAUAGGCGACUGGUGGUCCUCUCUGUCGCACUCCACCAUGAUUCGACACAUUAACGUGUGGAAGCAGGCCCUCUCAGAGAUCCUGUCCUUUGUGCCUGUUCCCCGCAACUCCGGGGUCAGAAAUCUGCUGCUAGUCCUCAAAUACAUGUACAACGCCAACAGCAGGGUUGUGGAAUCUCGAAGAAUACCAGAGAGCAGUUUUUAUUUAUUGUUGGAUGAAGCAUUUCUUGGUGAGGAUCUGGACCACUGGCAUUUACGUUCACAAAACGGGUAUGCUAAAGCUGAGCCACUUCUCCUUUGUGACUUCCCAAUUGUGAUGGACCUGCAAUCAAAAAAAUGGGUUUUUGACUCUAAUACUGAAUACACGCAGAUGUCAAUGCAGAUGAGUUACUACUUGGAGAAUUUCUUUGACUAUUGGGGAAUUUUUGAUGAUUAUGAUGAAGAUGUGUUUUUACUGGACCUGAGGCGAGCAACCAUUUUGGAAGACACCUUUGAACAACUGGCGGAUGCUUGUGACACAGACUACAAGAAGCCACUUAGGGUCUUCUUUGAUGAAAAUCCUAUGAUCGAUGACGUCUACAGGAAAGACUUUUUUUAUGAAGUCUUUCAUGACUUGAUCUCAGCUGAAUCUGGGAUGUUCAUGUUCAAUGACUCUGAAACACUGGCAUGGUUCUCCUCAAAAGUACCUCAGGAAGACCAGCGUUUCUUCCUGUUUGGAGUUCUGUGUGGAUUGGCCUUGUACAACCAGUGCAUCGUCCACUUACCCUUCCCACUGGUGCUGUUCAAGAAGCUGCUUGGUGUAAGGCCUUCACUGGAGGAUUUGAUAGAAUUCAACCCAAGUGUUGGAGAGAGUCUGCAGUACAUCCUGGAGGACUACAAAGAUGAUGACUUGGAAAACCUGGACAUGUAUUUUUCGAUCAACUGGGAUGGAAAGGAGAUUGACCUUGAUCCUGAAAGUCCUGAAAAGUUGGUGACAAGUCAAAAUAAGAAGGAGUUUGUGGAUGCCUAUGUGAAUCAUGCCUUCAACACAUCAGUGGAGAAUGUGUUUCAGGAGUUCAAGAGAGGCUUCUUCCUGGUGUGUGAGCGGGAUUUGGUGAAACUCUUCAGGCCAAAGGAGCUGCAGGAAGUGAUGGUGGGCAAAGACUUCAGUGACUGGGAAAAGCUGAAACAGAACACACAUUAUGAAGGUGAAUACAGCACAGACCAUCCCACCAUACAGAUGUUUUGGGAGGUUUUUGAUGAAGUGACUGAGAACCAGAAGAAAGCUUUCCUUUGGUUUGUGACAGGGUUUGACCGGGUGCCAAUUCUCGGUAUGGACAAAAUCAAGAUGCAAGUCAAAGUUAAAGAAGUCAAGGACCUCUCCUAUGACCAGUACUAUCCUGAGACACACACAUGCUUCUCGACCUUGGAGCUGCCGUUAUACUCAACUAAGGAGAUCAUGCAAACCAAACUCAAAGAGGCCCUGAGCAACAAUAAGAGGAUCCAUAAGUGAUCAACAAUAAAUGCCAACAUUUUACUGUACUGAACAGAAGACAUAACAUUGUAAUGCUGCACUUUGUGAAUUGCUGACCAAAGAGUAGCAUUUGUAGUUAGUUGUGAUGCUGCUGAUUAUGAUGAUGAUGUAGAGUGAAUGUAUAUAUACUAAAGAAAUCCCACCUGCUAAAAAUAAAAAUGUGAUACAUGCUUUU